UAGUACAUGUUAAACUCUGGACUCUUGAGGGACAAAGAAACUCUUCCAUUCAACACACUAUGAAGUCAGGGCUCAUUACUGCUGCAACCUUGCUUGCACUCUUCGCUUUCUUCAACCCGCAAACCCUCUUUUCUCCGCCUCAUCUUCCUCUAUCCAAGGAUCACCUCCACGCAGCUCAGAUCCUCCAUGUCACCGGAGCCCUCGGCCCGGAGAGUCUCGUCUUCGACGCUCAAGGCGGAGGGCCCUACACCGGCGUCGCCGACGGCCGGAUUCUCAAGUGGGAGGGGGAGGACCGAGGUUGGACUCAAUUUGCUGUCACCACUUCCAAUAGGUCGGAUUGUGUACGUCCAUUUGCACCAGAAUUGGAGCACAUUUGUGGGAGGCCUCUAGGACUAAAAUUUGAUAAGAAAAGUGGAGAUCUGUACAUUGCUGAUGCCUACCUAGGCCUAAAAGUAGUGGGACCUACAGGGGGUUUGGCCACUGAAGUAGUAACAGAAGCUGAAGGUCAACCCUUGCACUUCACCAAUGACAUGGACAUCAGUGAAGAUGAAGAUGUCAUUUACUUCACUGAUUCAAGCACAAUGUUCCAGAGAAGGCAAUUCAUGCUUGUACUCUUAAGUGGAGACAAGAGCGGCCGGUUAAUGAAAUAUAACAAGUCAACAAAAGAAGUAACGGUCUUAUUGCGGGGCCUUGCUUUUCCCAAUGGCGUUGCUUUAAGCAAAGAUGGUUCAUUUCUUCUGGUAGCAGAAACCACUACUUUCAGGAUCUUGCAGCUUUGGCUUCAUGGACCCAAGGCUGGUCAAGUGAACACUUUCGCAGUUGUGCCUGGUUUUCCAGACAAUGUUAGAAGAAAUUCAGAAGGGCAUUUCUGGGUAGCUCUGCAUGCAAAGGGAAGUCCUUUUGCAAAGUGGAUUUCUUCCAAUCCUUGGGCGGGAAAGGCAAUGCUGAAGCUUGGAUUAAACGUCAAGCAGUUGCACUCAUCAAUUGCAGGGGGGAAGCCUCAUGCUGCUGCUGUUAAGCUAAGUGAUAAAGGAGAAAUAUUAGAAGUGUUGGAAGAUAUUGAAGGGAAGACAUUGAAGUUCAUCAGCGAAGUGGAAGAGAGAGAUGGGAAGCUUUGGAUUGCAUCAGUGUUGAUGCCUUUCAUCGGCAUUUAUGGUUUAUGAGUGUGUAUGGUGGAUAAGAUGGUAUUUGGUUUUGGUCACCUUUUCCAAAUAAGAUGUAGUUGUUUAAGCAGAUUAUGUAGAAUUAAGAAUUCUGAAUUUCUUCGAGGGGUUCUCGAGGCUAGUUUUUACUUGGUGAUCAUUAUAAUAAAACAACACGUUCUACUUGCUUGGUGUUUGGUUGGAGGGGAGGGAGACAUUUUUAUAAACUAUUUUUUGUUUGGUUUA